ACCGUCCCAACUUCCGCUCAAGAACAGUGAUGAGGUCGCUCUCAAGAGUGUUAUGGGUGUGGGCUGCAGUGACCGUAGGUGUUGAAUCCGCCCAGAAAACCCACAAGCACCAGCUUCCGAGGGACUUGGCGCGACCAGAUCGUAUAGUGGGCGGGGAGCCUGUGAAACGAGGUGAGUUCCAGUGGCAGGUGUCGUUACAGUUCAAUGGCCGACAUUUCUGUGGGGGUACUCUCAUCUCCCCGUCCUUAGUGCUCACCGCCGCCCACUGCACCGUAAAUAUUGAAUGUUUAAGCUGGCUUGAUACUGAUUUUCAAGCCCAAAGACAUACUAUACAAACGUCAUAUACAGUGCACACACACAGGCACAUUUUCAACUAUGUGAAGGUGGUGACCGGAGCGUGGGAUCUGUUAGAGAACAACAGGAAGUACAGGGUGGCGAAUGUGUUCCCCGCACCGUACAACCCCCUCAACUUCUCUAAUGAUAUCGCUCUCCUCAAGCUCCAAGUCGAUAACAUGGACCCUGAUGCCAGAGCUGGCCAUGGCGGAGUACCCAUCGCCUUGGAGACACGUAAAGAGGCUGAAAUAGGUCAACGGUGUACGAUCUCCGGAUGGGGGAAGGUGGCGCAAUCAGGCAAUCUACCACACAUUCUCCUCGCUGCUGACGUAAAGCUGAAGAGCGACGCUGACUGCAUCAAGAAGUUCUCCAAACACAACUAUCCCGUGUACUCCAGUAACCUGUGCGCCGGUGGGGAAGAAAGGGACGCCUGUCAGGGUGAUUCCGGAGGACCACUGGUGUGCUGCAGCGAGUCGACCAGGAAGGUAGGGUCGUGCAGGUUGGCGGGGAUCACGUCGUGGGGCAUCGGGUGCGCUACCAAGGGCUUCCCCGGAGUGUACACGGAGGUGGCAUACUUCGUGAACUGGACGAGACACACCAUCUUCACCAAUUAUGGCGAGCAAGAGCUGAAGAGUGUCAAAUUCUUCGUGUUAAAUGACGAGGAGACGGAUCCCAAAGACAUUUAAUAACAGGGGAAAGAUGUCACCCACAAACGCAUUAAUAAUACAAAUAAAACGGGAAUUUGCUAACAAAGAUGACACCAAGAAAAAUAAUGUUCCACCGGAAGAUGCAGGAAAGUUAUCCCACGAGAAUAGUGUUCUAGGUAAAGAAAAGAAACAAAAUAUAUAUAUUUACAGAUGUCCUGUAGGGUUACAUGACAUCCACUACAGUCCUUUCUGGAAGAGAAUCUCAGGCCUGUCUCCAACGUCUGAUUUGUCAUAAAGAAUAUAAUCGAGAAUGCUGUUGUCCUAUGAAUUUUGCUUGAUAAUUAUGUCUUCUGAUGAUUUUCCGCGUUUUAUCUAAAUAUUUUUUUCUUCAAAAUUACCAACUUAUUGAAUUACUGACAUACGAUGGCAAAUAAAUAUUAUUUACAAUUCGACUGCAGACAUUUUUUUUUAUCUCUGUUAAGUCGGGUUCUUUAAAAAAAAUACAUCCUCACAUACGUCAUCAUAAACUCUGCGCAAUAUUCAAUAAGUUUCCAAAAUAUAAGCAAGUGUUGGUAAAUGUAGCAUUAUUAAUCUAUCCUCAAAAGUCAACUACUUGAAGAGCUUGUACUUGUCUUUACACAUUCUCUCUCUCUAGUCUCAAUAUUUUAACUAAAUAUGGACAUUACACCCGACAUGCUGUCUGACGAGCGCUACAAAUAAUCAUCAGUAGAGAACACUAUUCCUUAAUGAAUAAAAACAAAAAUAAAACUAGUUGCUACAGAGGUCAGCAAAACAGUCAUCAAUAAGAAUAGUGUUGUCAGCUUAUAAAUUUACGAAGUGGAAAGAAAUUUAUCAACUGUUAGAGCAAGUUCAAUUUAAGACAGAGGAAAAUAGUAAGAAAAUGGCCAGAAACAUCACAGGUAACGGAAGAGUACACACUGAAAAGCAGCGCGACAUCUGUAGAAGUCGACUAUUCAUGAUCAUAAUAGAUACAUUCCCAGUAAGCAAAGUGGACAAGUAUUCGUUAAUGUGAAAUAAACUGCAAAAUGAUAA